UUCGGCCCGAGACCCUGUGUUUCUCAGCCUCCGCGCUGUGUAUUUCCGAGAGCGAAAGCUUGCCUCGCUUGCUCCGUCCUGCAUGCGGGAAGAGGCCGAGGCGCUGCCUGGCCCGUGCAACAUCCAGCGCCAUCUGAAAAGACAUAAGGUGGAAAAUCUAACAGAAAUAUGGUUACAGAAGGACUCUAAUAACUAGCGGACAACACACAAAAGCAGUCCCAAGCACACGUGAACCUCAGCCUACGCCUAUCGGGAAAAAAACAAAAAAACUGAGUGCAUAGGCCUACGGGAGAGAGUGAAGGCGUGAGGUGGAAGGGCGAGCGACGGGCCCAGGAUGUCUGAAGGAGGACUCAAGGUGGAGCAGCCCAUGGAGAGCGUGGAGGCGCUCUCGAGGGAGGCGGAGGGACUCAAGGUCAAGCUCGAGGAGGAGAGGCAGAAGCUCAACGAUGUCCCGCUGACGACGGUGGCGGCGCGCCUCGAGAACCUCCCUCCCCUCAACAUCAAACCCCGACGGGUACUGAAGGGCCACCAGGGGAAGGUGCUGUGCUCCGACUGGUGCAACGACAAGCGCCAUCUGGUGUCGUCUUCCCAGGACGGAAAGAUGAUCAUCUGGGAUGCCUUCACCACCAAUAAGGAACACGCCGUCACCAUGCCAACCACCUGGGUCAUGGCAUGUGCCUACGCCCCCACAGGGAACAUGGUCGCGUGCGGCGGUUUGGACAAUAAGGUGACGGUUUAUCCCCUGAGUUUCGACGAGGACGUGACGCAGAAGAAGAAGGCGGUCGGCACGCACACCUCGUACAUGUCCUGCUGCACUUUCCCCUACUCCGAUCAGCAGAUCCUCACGGGGUCCGGAGACUCGACCUGCGCGCUGUGGGACGUGGAGUCGGGCCUCAUGCUCCAGAGCUUCCACGGGCACCAGGGUGACGUCAUGGCCCUCGACCUCGCGCCCUCCGAGAACGGCAACACCUUCGUCUCGGGGGGAUGUGACAAGAUGGCCUUGAUCUGGGACAUGCGAACAGGCCAGUGUGUCCAGAGUUUCGAAGGCCACGAGUCUGACAUCAAUUCCGUCAAAUUUUAUCCAUCAGGGGACGCUAUUGCCACUGGGUCGGAUGAUGCCACGUGUCGGCUCUUUGACCUCCGCGCAGACCGAGAGAUCGCCGUGUACACCAAGGAAAGCAUCAUCUUCGGCGUCAAUGCGGUCGAUUUCUCCGUCAGUGGGCGCCUCCUGUUCGCAGGAUACAACGACUACACCGUUAAUGUCUGGGACGCCCUCAAGUGCCAGCGCCUCACCAUCUUGUACGGCCACGAGAACCGGGUCUCCUGUCUGAAGAUGUCUCCGGACGGGACAGCUAUCUCUACAGGUUCCUGGGACUUCACGCUCAGGAUAUGGGCUUAGAUUCGCUGUAAAAAUGAAGGGAAGGAUGGUAAUCUUAAUGGUCAGUGAAAUGACAUAGUUUAAGAAAAGACCAAAGAAGUGACGAUGCAGGCCUAAAAAUGAAGUGGGACCAAUUUAGAUACAUUUUGUGGAAAAA